AUGACUGUCACCACGCCGCGGCUGGGUCAAAAGCGUCAUUUUAAAUUCGCCCACGAUGGCGGAUCUGCCCGAUCGUGCGAUGUCCCAACAAACCAUCCCAGCCGUCGGGAACCCACCCAAAACGCCCUCAUGCGUGAUGCCCCUUUGCCCCCGCGUCGUCGCAAAAGGUGGGCCUCCAGGAAUUCUCACGCCUUCAUCCGCCCGUGUCCCGCCAGACCAGACACCAGCUCCUCAGGUCCCACAGGGCGCGUAGACUCCCAAGCAGACGCGCUUGAUAGCACUCCAGCGACAUCGCAGGGCGAGUCGGGAGUGCUGAUCACAGGGGCUGGAAGAUCGGUCUACAUGGACAAUAAUGUUUGGACAAGUGUUCGUAAUGAGCUCCCUCGAGCAGAAGAAAUGUCAGAAAGUGACUCCAUUUCCUCCCUUGAAGACGAUCAGGAUGAAAUCUAUAUGCUGCUGGACUCAUCGAAGAAGAAAAGCCUAAUCUCACUACACCCCAGCCCAUUGCACAUAUUCAAACUCUGGCAGACCUUUCUCCAGAAUGUAAAUCCGCUAAUCAAACUUUUGCAUGCCCCGACCGCUCAGCAACAGAUACUCGAGGCCACCGGGGACUUGACAGGCGUCUCGAAAGAGUUCGAAACAUUGAUGUUCUCCAUUUACUGUCUUGCGGUAGUUUCCCUGAACGAGAAAGAGGUUCAAGACUCUUUCGGGGAGCAGAAAACAACUCUUCUUUCGCGAUACAGACGGGGUGCUCAGCUUGCGUUGGCAAAAGCAGGCGUCUUACGAACUUCGAGCAUGGUGGUAUUGCAGGCCUUUCUACUAUUCUUGGUAUGUUUUGAUCAACCACCCGGCGAUACUUCGCUCACGUCAGAAAAGCUUGCUAUGCGUGCCUUCUCCGACUCCGAAUCUGUUUGGUCUCUGUGUGGCGUAGCCAUACGAAUGGCCCAUCGUAUCGGUCUCCAUCGAGACGGCUCCCAGCACGGUCUAUCUGUGUUCGACACCGAAAUGCGACGCCGUUUGUGGCUCCAACUGAUGAUCUUAGACGCUACCACUGCUCAGAGCUCCGGCAUCACGGCACAAACCUCUCUGAUGAGAGCCGACGUACGACGUCCCUCCAAUGUCAACGACAGCGACCUGGACCCGCGCAUGACGGAGAGCCCUCGCGAGCAUGACGGCGCCACCGAAAUGAUAUUCUGUCUGGUGCGGAAUGAAUUUGGGGAAUGGUUAGAGCGAUGGUCCACGGUAAACAAGUUUUCCAAUGGGAUCUGGGGGUUCCUGAGGUCGCCUUCACUUACGCUGGCCAAGAAGGAUGAAGCGAUCAAUGAACUCAGUGGCGCGCUGGAGUCGAAAUUUCUCCGAUAUUGCGAUCGAUCCAUCCCGUUGCAUCUUAUGGCGUCAGUCGUCGUCCAGACCAUCAUUUGCCACAUGAGGCUCGCGGCGCAUCAUCCUCGUCAGUAUAGCAACGGGGAGAGCAUCGACCAGAAGGAGCGAGACUACAUGUUUUCCCUCUGUCUACAGAUGGUAGAGAAUUCCGUCGCGGCUCAAACAAAUGCGGCCAUCCAGCAAUAUGCAUGGCAUGUAGAAAACCAUGUUCCGUGGGACGCCUGUAUACACAUGCUCUACGAGUUGGGACAUCGCGUAAACGACAAGGAAACCGGAAGGGCCUGGUGUCUUCUCGACGAGAUCUAUCGUUACCACUACUGGCAGAUGAAGAACCGAUCGAAAAACUCGCUCUAUAUUGCAAUGCGACGACUUCUUAUGAAGGCUUGGAGUGCACACACCGAGGAGCGAAUCCGUCAGAACAAGUCGACGCUACCCCGUCCUUGGAUUAUCUCCAAAUUGUCCUCAGGUACGAAUACGCAAGGAGUCGGUGAUUCGCGGAUCGCAUCUUCUUCUCCACCUAAUAAUGCAGCGCAAGAAGUGGUUCAGGGGAACUGCGAGCCACCUCAGGACGCGCGAUUGGGUGUCACUGAGGCGAUCGACUUCGGGGGCGAUAUUGAAGAUCUUGAACUCAGCCCGAUGGAUUGGUGUCAGUGGGACGAUCUGCUGCAGCAGUUUACCAAUAGCGACGCAUGGGGGGAACAUGGUGCAAAGCCUGCCUCCUUUAAGAUCCCCAAGCAAUCGCCAUGUCUGCGAACCAUGAGUCCCACGGUCGUUCAUCGCUUCCGCCACAUCAUUCAUAGAGCCCGUCAUUCGGUUUCGCGUCAGCGCAAGCCAACCAUAACCUCUCCAACUCGCAAUGAGCCCCUCUGGGAGCGACUGCCGACCAACGUCCUGGUCCAGGUCCUGGCAGAGUGCGAUCUCUACGACAUUUACUCUCUUAUCCUGACUUGUCGCCGCCUGCACCGGCGCAUCUAUCGCAAUGAAUUCGCCAUCGCCCAGGAAUAUCUGCGUCGUCGCACACGACGACUUCAGUUUUCUGAGGAUCUGGAAUACGAUGAAUUGAUCGAUUCGCCCGGCGACGACCUGUCCUUCAUCUCGGACCUCUUUCCCCCUCCACCACCGCAGUACACCGGUCUCAAUACCGAUAUGCGCGACGAUCUCCCCGAGUAUACACUCGGAUAUCUCGCGGACCUCACGCGAUGCUGGACGACCUGUAUCCGACUCUCCUACUAUCUCGCCGAAUACGUCGUCCAGAAUCAUCUGCAAACCAAUGCGAUCGCUCAACCGCUCUGGUCGUCCUCUAAAACCCAAAAGGAAGUGGUAUACAGUCGAGCGGUCGGACUCUUGCAAGCCCGUCUCCUAUACCCCAUGGCCUACCUGAUAUUCUUCCUCGAAACCAACGCCACAGCCCUCGACUCCAACCAGCCUCUCUCUCAACAAUCCAUCCUCCAAUCUCCCCCGUUCACAGACACCUCCAUCCUCCUCUCCACCCACCACUGCAUGCACCUCCUCUGCGCCUCCGUCCAGCGCCUCAUGGCCCCCGAAAUCCCACACACCUCAGCAGAGAAUUGGCUUGGCCUACUCCUCACCACAUCCACACUCGAGCGGCUCAUGGAUUUCUUCAUCGCCGCAGCCGCCGACUCCUCCCCCUCCUCGGGCACCACGAACACCACGAAACGAAAACCCUCCUCGUCAUCCUUAUCCCCACGAUCCAGCCCCUCGUCUUCCCCUCCUUUACCAUCUCUCUCGUCGUCCUCGUCAACCUGGACCCAGAGACGCGAGUUCAUGUGGCGUAUGCGUGCCGAUCUAGGCGAAUUCCUGGCCCUGGCUGGAACCAGGGCUGGGGCGCGGUAUAGCAUUUCUGGGGGUUCGGACCACCCGUUACCCAGUCUGGGGAGUAUAUGGUUCGGGGCGGCGCAGAGGGAGAUCUGUCGACGGGGCGCGAUCCCACAUUUCUCUGAUGAGGUGCCGGUGCUGCAUGGGUCUGGGGUGCUGCUGGGGUGUGAGUUUUGUGAUGGUGUUUCUUUUUGA